AUGGUUUUGUCACAAGUCCUGGUUAGUGCUCGCCAAGCACCCGCUAUUCUGAGGAGGAAUUUUGGUAUCUGUGUACCCGCUGCUCAAAAGGCUGCAGACCCUAUUCAGCAGUUGUUUGUCGAUAAAAUCAGGGAAUACAAGCAGAAGAGCAGCGGUGGAAAGUUGGUGGAACCUACUCAGGACAUCCAGAAGGAGCUAGCUGCAGAACUUGAGCGAGUUUCCAAGAUGUAUGGUUUCAAACAAGGACAGAAUUUGACUGAUCUGCCUCCCAUGAAGUUCGACAACCCUGACCUGAAGCCUAUUGUUCCUCUUUAAAUUAGCUGAGAUGCUGUUUUAUUACAUUUUUAACAUUCUAUACAUAGUGCUCCUUGUGUUCAAGCGGGGAAUAACCAUAUAAAUUUGUCAGCAAUGUCAUUCAAUGUUCGUUGUGAAAGCACCAUGUAGAUUACUUCUGUUGUAAAUAAAUCUCGAGUCAGCGGUA